CUCGAGCGAGGCGGAGCCGGCGCCCGAGCAGCCAGAGGAGUAGGAGGUGGAGGAGGAGAGGUCGGAGCCGUCUCCAGGAGCCCUUAGAGACCGAGUCCCCGGCGGCGGCGGCGGGGCAGCGCACGGGCGGACUAGUGAGCACCGAGGGGCAGGCGCAGGAGGAUGGCGGCCCUCACCUAGGAGAACCAGGAAGGCAGGCAGCGCUAGAGAGACGGGGUUGGGUUCGACUAUUGCCAAAACAAUCACAUUCAAAUUCAUUCUCCCCACUUGAAACCUGAAAAGAGUGGGCCACACAAAGUCUUACUGGUUCCAGGUGAAAACAGUAACUGAAGAUGUCAAGCAAAACAGCAAGCACCAACAACAUCACCCAGGCACGGAGAACUGUGCAGCAGUUAAGACUAGAAGCCUCCAUUGAAAGAAUAAAGGUUUCAAAGGCCUCAGCGGACCUCAUGUCCUACUGUGAGGAGCAUGCCAGGAAUGACCCUUUGCUGAUAGGGAUACCUACUUCAGAAAACCCUUUCAAGGAUAAAAAAACUUGCAUCAUCUUAUAGAGGAGUGAAAUGGUUCCUCACGUCUUCUCAACAAAGCAAAUUAUGAGCAGCUCCUUGAAGAGAAUUACCUUCAGCUUAUUUGGUAACCACUGCUAAUAACUAAAAUGCUCUUAACAUGGAAUAAUAGACUCUGAAGUCUUUAUUUUCCAACUUGUCCUUUCUCUGAAAUACCCUUUACUGAUUUAAUACAAUCCCAUUUUCCAUUUGGCAACUGUGGUGUCAUAUUGGGUUACUGAUUAAGGAAAGUCAGUCCGGGCCCUUUAAAAAACUCAGUUAUAUACUUUUAAAUAUAUGAAUGAUCCAGUUAUAUCAAGACCUAAAUUAACUAAGCCCCUAUCUAGAUUAAAAUGCCAAGAGUAAUUUAAGUCCUUAAACCUUUAUAUCAUAAUGUGUUCUUAAUAGGGUUGUGCCAACCUGUACAGUAUACACGGGUGAGGAGUGUUUUGUGUAUAUAUGUAUGUCUUUGUAUAUACACAUCUCAAAGCUUAUUUCCUUAUUAAAAUUUCUCUCUCUCCAUACCAUCAGUUAAAUCCACAAGUUAUACCUUUAUCUUAAGCUGUGUGUAGGUAGAAUAAGAACUUCUUUUCAUAUAGUUAUUGUACAAAAAGUAAAGGACAUCCUAAAGGUCGUAUUCAUUGUAAUCAAAUAAUGAAGUCAUCUCUUGCUGACCCUCUAGUCUACAAUAAACUGUGCCAAUUAAAAUUUUAAAACUCA